UUCGUUGCGGGAUCACCUCCUCUCUCGGUGAGCUUACCUUUGGCAUUCGUGUUCGCGAACACUUUCGUCGCGACAACAACCUCUCCGACCGGCCGAUCGCGUGGCCCUCGACAGUUCGCUGGACUCGUGAAUCUCCGGAAACCUCGUGUUCCGUUGUUGCAUCGUUCGAUUACGAUCGCCGAUAAACACGGUUUCGAUUUCGUACCGCGAGACCCAUCGCGCGACGAGAUGUUCGAAAUCCCGGGGACAGGUUCGACUCGCGUAAUUUGACGUGACUUACGAUCGAACCGUAUCUGUCGUUCGUUCGUACCAGCGAACCAGAGACCUGUGCAGCGGCGUGGAAAGCGCGCCUGUUACCAAAACAGAGCGUAGUGGCCUGGAGUUCGUUAGGUGGGAACUCGACUGUGUCGAUUUCGCGGAUCCACGCCUCUCUGUUCCGGGUUAACGAAGACCGCCUGGCAAAGCGGUGGAUAAAGCUAGCGGUGAUCUUGCGCGACCUUUUUCCGACGGACGAGGAGCGAGCGCGGAAGAGAAAAAGUGACCGAUCGAUCCCAGUAAUAAGGGAACUUUGCGUUGGGAGCGGUAGCGGCCCGGAGGGACGGUGGUGAAUCCGUGGAAAAAGGAUCUCGCCACCCUAAGGAGAAGAAAGUGGACGACCCUUCUUGGAGCUCGCGCUCCUUCCCCGUCUGCGAAACUCUUUUGAGGAGAAAGAACGAUCCUCUCGGGAAACCGCUGAAGCGCAUCGGAGAACCGUAAGAGACCGUUGUCGAAGAGACCGGGAGCGUCGAAGAGCAAACGAGUAGCUUCGCCUUUCUUCUUCCCCUUUUACCUUUAAGGGAUCAAAUCGCCUGGCCGUCCGUCGUCGUCGCCGAUCUCUCGCGAUUUUCGUCCUCGCUCGCAGCCGAUCGUGGGGCCCGUCGAACGGUGAAUUCGAUCGAUCCAGUUCGGAUCGUUGAGAUUUCGACGUACAACUCGCACGACAUUCGAGGCACGCCGCACGUAGCGUACAGUGGGUAAUUAAAGAUACGAUUAAUGGCCCGACAAUUAAAUAUAAUUAACUCGAGCGACAGGAUACGCGGUGUUCGGCUGCCAAUUAGCGCAUUAGCGCCUUAUCGAACAUCGACCGAUCGUCUGGCCACGUUGCAUCCUCUCGACGCAAUAAAAUCGCCGUAGUCGACGGACCAGCCUAGAGUUGGACGAACGGGCAAGAAGAAAGGGAAGGGAUUGGCGAGAGGUUGCGAGAUCUCCUUUCGAUCAGCGGAUCCAGUAGAACGACGAUCGAGCUACCGCGUAACGAGGAUCGAUUAACGGGUCUAACCGCUGCACUCGUUUCUCUCGACCGUUGUCCCGUGUAAGAGCAACGACGAUUCGUACGACCGUUCGAUGAUCAAGCUGGAGAUCGUCGAGCCAAGAUAGAAAUCCUCGAGAAUGAAACGCGUCUGAUCCGCUGUGCAAAGUCGGCGAAGGUUUCCCGUUCCGAGACGAGGAUGAAAGGAACGCGAUGAGAAUAGCGGAACGAGUUAGGCAAAGACCUUGAAUCUUGGAGAAGUUCAAAGCGAAGGAACGAAGAGACACUUUCGUGGAAUAAGCCGGAUUACAUGGUCGAGAAUAGAGGGAAGGGAACCCGCUGUCCGUCGCUGGUUUUCCGUGGAAACGUCGGCAACCCUGAACUUGACGGUUGCACGCACGUUGCUCACCGAACGACACGUCGCGAGAUCCUAUAGAGAACGGACGAAAAUCAGCCAAGGGGAAAAGUGGACACGCCAACUGUCACAGCGAAGAAUGCUGGCAGCGCAAUCGUGACAAACGGGGCUUCCGUCCAGGAUCGAAAGCCCCCGCGGAAUUACCCCGACACGGAGAGUCCUGUCAUUGAACCCGGUGAGCGGCUCGUCGGCGCAUUGUGUCAGCCACGUCGACACGAAACAACCCCCGUGAAGGUAGCACGGGACGGCGGAGGGCACCACGGUACAGGCUCGUAGCGAAGGGCGUAAAACCACGGAGAGAAGCUGGACUCGUUGCGUGCACCCUCCUGCCUGCGUGGUGCAGCUUCUUUUUUUCCAGGCCGAGUCACCGUUGUGUUCACGCUGUAAAAGGACGACACCGAUUUCCAUCCUUGUCCGGUGUUGCAUCGCCACUCCACCCCUUGGCGAUCUCGCUUUCACCCUCGUGAAAGGAGUCUGCCACGCAGAAUACGAAGAAAGAAGAGUCGCGGCCCGAAAGAGUGGGGGGGGUUGGUAGCGCAACGCGACGAGAGUAGGGAGACCAGGCAUCGGAUGGGGGUAGCUGGCAACGUGGUAGAGGAAGCUUUCGGUGGGAACGGUGGGGGCAGAAACGAAACGAAGCCUCCGAGCGGUCGGGCGAAACGGCGAGCAACAGUGUGCCGCGCGCCGCUGACAAGCGAGCGUAGUCGUUGAGAGUUUAGUGCGAGAGAUAGCGCGAGAGAUAGCGCGUGUCUUGACGAGUUGGAAGGUGUUGCAGGGUGGUGAGACUGGCGUGCAGGAACGUUUCGUGUUCGGUCACGCGGGUGCGUUCGAGCUUCCAUGAACACAUGUUCCGCAGCAACGUCGGAAGCGCAAGGGGACAGCUGACACCGGAGGAUACGAGCUCGAUCGUGCCCGUGGAAGUCUUCGGCUUGUGCGAAACGGUGUGAGGUUUCCCAUGGUGGGUUCCGUGCGUACGCAUACUCGACGUGUCUACGAGUGAGAGAAGGGAAUGAUCGACAGUGCGAGGAAUAAUAGUGUAACGUUGUCGACGACGGUGGUUCCGGCUGAUCAUCGUGCUCGUUGACAGCGUAUGGCUCGCGAUCGCUCGACCCCGUUGCUUCGUCUACCGUGCAGAUUCGUAACGACGCUUCGGCACAAAGAGCCGCCGUCCGGCAACUUCUCCGCAAACGGAACGAGCGCACGAUCGACGAGCAGGGACGGUCGUCGACGGGUGAUUUCGAGGAAAGUGAUCGUUGCCGUUGAGACACGCUUACGGUGCUUCAGUGAUACGUGAGAGCAAGCGACAGAGUGAUCGAAAUUGGCGCACCGGAUAUAUCAUUUUGCGAGUAAAGAGAGAUCGUUGUGUUUACUGUGAUACGAGUGGUGCGCGGGGAAGCAAGCUACGAGAAGAAAGGGUGUCCGUAUUUUCGAAGGAAAUGCGCUGCUAGCAAAUCGGCAAGGUGUCGCCCGAAUUUUUGAGCACGCUGAGGUGGAGGAUGGAGGAGCUGGAAACGCUGGAGAGCACGGAGUGCCCUGAGUGCCCCGGGCCACCCCCCGAGUUCCGGUUGCCGCCACCCCCUCGGCCACCCUUCCUCACCGACGGCACCUUUUGCUCGGAGGAGCCCCUCACCGAGAUCGAAGAUUGCGUCGCCAUUCCGAUGAUCGAUGCAUCCUACCACACGAAUCCAUCGCUACAAAGCACUGCCCUAAUCAUCACCUGCGCGGUGGUGCUCCUCCUGAUGGCAGCGAUCGUGUCCGUCGUUUUCUGGAAACACAAGCGGAAAGUGCAGAACCUGUUACCUUGCAAGAGCGCAGCAGGAGCUGCAGCGGCCGCAGCCGCAGCCGCGGCCGGUGGUCGGAGUCGAGUGCUGGCUGACGGACAGUCACACGGUGGAACCGGCAGUGCGGGUGGCGCGGUGCUGUACGAGGACCUGCCGGAAGCGGUGACGCACUCGCAGCUGCAUCACAGACAGAAUCACCUGCCCAGUCAUCACCCUAGCCAGGCGCCCACGAUCGAGAUGUUGGACGUGAAGGACACCAACAGAGGCGUAUUCGUGUGUAGCAGUCCUGGGCCUGAUCCGUACACGUCGCAGGACCUCUACAAUCCUGUUUACGAGGAGCUCAGUAACGGGGACCAUCCGGAAACGGACGAGGAGAGCGAGCUGAACGCACGGAAUCGUCUUCAUCAUCAUCACCGCCAUCAUCAUCGGCCCUCGUCGUCGAAACCGGCGAGCGAGGACGAGUUCGCCGAGGACGAGCUUUCCGUGGGUGAACCGUCCGAGGCGAGGAUGCUCACUUCCACGGGUCCGACCUGGGGCACCUGUCCGGCUGGUGGCAGGCCACCGCGAGAAAGACGAGGAAGGAGCCCCAGAAGUCUGGACAGGCAUAGGAGAGACAAGAAUCACGAUGUUGGAGAGUUCCACGAGGGGAUGCUGCUGGACGCGUUACUGCAGCUCUACCCUAGUGUCGCGGGUGUAGCUGGCAACCGAUCGAAUAGCAAUCAACGACAACAGUCCGUCCCAUCGGUGGCCCACAGGUUACCAUAUUUCGUGCCGCCGAUGCCAGCGACGCAGGCCCUCAGGGUUGAGGAGAACCCGUACGAGAGUGUGCCGGUGCUCGGCCCUCUCCAUCACUAUUCGAGCCAAAGCAGAAGCAACAAGGAGAGGUCUCGCAAGUUAAACGACAAGUACAAGUACUCGGCGCAAUACGGGGCCGAGUAUUACGGACUACAAAACCAGGACACCGCUGCCGUAUACACGCAAGUAGGUGGCGAAUACUCGGACACCUACUCGCAACCCACAGACCGUCUGUAUAACGACGAUAAGUACACGCAGCCGGUGUACUAUGCGGCACGCGACAGCAACCAGAUAACUUCCGGUAGGCUGUACCAAGGUCAACCGGACAGUAGUUUCGGCAGCGACAGUGGUUACAGUCAUCAUACUUCCGGUACCACCGGAACUACCGGCACGCGCAGCAGUAAUUCAAGGACGAAUCAUAGGAAGGACAAGCAUCGAAAUUCUCAUCAUUCCCAUCAUUCCGCGGACUACAUCGUGUCUUAAUGUACGUGAAACGAAAGGCAAAGAGGAAGAAGUCUGCGAAGAAGAAGAAGAAGAAGAAGAAGUAGAGACAAAAAAAAAAGGGAAACUUAGAUGGUAGUUCGAUCGUCCGAUCGAAACAAGCUUGUAACACUUCUCUAAAAGGUAGUGACCUUGUGUUUUCUUUCGCGUAUUUAUUUUGUAAAUUGUUUUCUUCUUUUUGUUGUUUUUACUACGAACGAGAGUAUUUUAUUUUUCAUACACGAGACGGCGUGUCAUCUUUUUUUUUCUUUUCUCGUUGUUGCGCGUGAUAUAGAAAGUAUUUUAAUAUUCUAAGAAACGUAUCGUUGAGUAUCCUAAGGAGUACUUUAAUAUUUUUGGUCUAUUGUUGAUCUGUCCCUUGAUUUUUGGAAGUACAUGGAAGAACUUUCGAACAACACGGAGGAGAUAUCAGCAGAGCAAUAGCAGGAGACUAUAUAAACGCGACGAUCAUAUUAUAGGAAACAGGACACUAACGGAAACAGUGAUCUCUUAGUGAUUUAGUAAGACUAUUUAACAAAUUAUUUGUAAUCUAAUGAGACUCAGGCUGGUACCAAAGCUACUAAGUAACUUCGACUUUUUAGCCUUCUAGUUUGUAAUUUAUACGAAAGUAGAGAUGAUUUUUAACAUUGACGAAUUUCGUGCGAGACGUGCGACUACCAUCUUCUUUUUCAACGGCAGACGAUUCUGCAAAUUAGAAUCGAAAGAAAGAAACGAGGCGAGUGAUCCGAUUUACUGCCGAACCGCAAUAUCGAUAUAUAAUACCGCGAACACUGCCCCCGAUUAAAGGGAUCAGCCACAACUGGUUUCAUACGACUAAUUUGAUACGACGCGUUAGUAGUAUAAUUCGUCCCACGCGGGCACCUCCACACACAUAACAUCGCAUCAGAUUGUAAAAUAGCAUCUAACCAACACUUUCAAACGCGCACUUAGAGAGAAACAAAAGACUCGUAACGAGUGUCGUAGCCAUACACGCACACUACAGUAGAUUCACCAGAGUAACGUUAAACAUUUAAGCGUACACUUAAUCGAGUUGCAAUUUUUCCUUCGUCAAUUACCAAGUUACGAUUACAAGUCGUACAUCGGACAGUGUGAAACGCAGGAACACGUGGGCUUUUUGAACUCGGACGAUCAAAGGGAGCACCUACUUUCGCAAUGCCUGUACGAGGUCGCGACGCGUACUCAAUCAGAAGGACCAUUGGGAAGAAAAAGAAAGAGAAAUAGAAAGAAAGAACGAGAGGUGGGUUUCGCGGAAGCCUUGAUGCUUCUGCAAAGGGAAUAUAUAGUGUUCCUUCUGCAAGCCCUUUCUAGCUCGUCCUACAUUCUCAAAGCCGAAUCCCGCGACGAAAGAUAAUCUGCAAGCCCAGAGACAACGGUUCGUCGUGUGUCGCGAUGUAUCCUUCUACGACGGAUCAAACUGUGGUAGCCGGUCGUCUUUUGCAUAUAGAUGUAAAAGGAUUCUUUUCACGAAACCGAAAUCGUAUUUGAGGAAGCGCGCUCGCGGAAGGAACGAAAGAAUACGCGUCGAGCUACGUUAAUAAUAUUCUCCUUAGACUUGAUCUCCUUUUGCUCUUUGCCCGUCACAAGAAACCAUUAUUUUUCCCUUCGUAAUUUCUUAUUAACGUUCGUUCGCGCGUCUUCUAGAUUAUACACGCGUAUAUCAGAAUCGAGGCUCUUAACUGCCGGUAGUCGCACGAUUUUCCGCUCGCGAUGCACCUCGAUCACGCUGACAGAGAGACAGACCAAGGUGAGACGGAUAACCAAGGAACAGUGUUCUUAUUAAGCUGUACAGGCACACGCUGGUACAUAUGCAUAUAUACAGAGAAGCAAGCAUAGGUAUACAUACUAUAGGUGUAAGACAAACGAAUAAACUAUUCGCGAAUGACCCCGUGUAAAUACUAUAUGCGAGAAGCAGAGGGAGAUGGAGAGAGAAAAUAAAAGAGAGAAGCGUCCGGAUCAGUUCGGUGUAGCAUAGCUGUAUCAUAUCGUUAUCAAACUUUCUCACGUGUGCGUGCGUGUGUGACGUGUAUGUGUGGCCGAACGGCGAGCAAAAUAUAGAAGAAGAAGAACGAAGAUCGCAGAGAGAAUCGAUUUAAUAUAUAAAAGUAUAUAAUUUUUAAAUUAUUUAUAACGAGCAGUGCGUCGUAUAUUGCCGAGGACAAGUUGCACGAGUACGAGGUGACGGUGACAAGAGUGAGCCGGCAAAAUGCGAGAGCAAAGAGAGAAAGAACGAGAUGAAACAAUGGCGGAAUCAAGCGAUUCUUUUAGAUUCUCGUCAAUCUCCCUUCUGCUUCUUGAUACUGUACACUCUUUAGAUGCAUGUAGGGCGAAUACCUCACGACAAAAAAAAAAAAAGAAAGAAAGAAAAAGAAAAGAAAAGAUCACUCUGUUGUAAAUAUAAUUUUAUAUGUACAAGCCGAGAAAUGAGGUGUGUGCUUAGCGAGCACGCUAUUGGACACGUUCGCCCGGGGAGGAAGCUACCCUCUCGACUAUCUCUGCGCUCUCGAAAUCUAUCUUCCCUUGUCUGUUCCGUAAGAUCGUAUAACCACUAACCACCUAACAUACUUUGCCACAACUAUACUUCACGUGAUUCCCGUUUCUCCGUGCAUUAAUCUCCAUUUGAAUCUGGCGCAACAACAACAGGAAAUUUAAAAUUCUAAUGACCUGAUAUUCGGUGGUAUUCGGCCGUCCCUCUUUUCCACGCGAUGUCAAAACCGCGAAAAACGCUGAACGAUAUCGAUCCGCGAGAGCAGCAGCGAUACGCGAGAGGGAACGAGUUCACGGGCGAAAAUAAAGGUGAACUGUAGGUGGUGUUACACGUACUUAUCGCGAGGGACGAAAGCGCGCGACCAGUCACGUACGAUCAAAGAUGCGUACAAUCAAAGAGUGCAAAAGAGAGAGAGAGAGUCAGGGGAAAAGAGAAAGAAAGAAGGAAAGAAAGAAGGAAAGAAACGCGAAACGGCGAGUCACGUUUGAUCGGUUCACGACGUGGAAACUCGCGUGAAAGCAAAAAGAUGGGCGCGCACCACACAACUAGAAGAGGGACAAACGCUUUUUGUACGAUUUUACGUCCAUGUUAGUCAAACGUUUUUCAAGACCGUUUUUUAUAUAUACAGUAUAUAAGUAUAUAUACACGCGCGUGUACAGUAGGUACGACGAAACCUAAUUUAUUAUCAUUGUUCUUAUUUAACGAGACAGGGAUAUGCCGUUUUAUCCCGCCCUGCAAUUCUAUAUUCGCUACCAAGUACUUUGUCGCAGUCGAAAGUGUUGUUAUAUUGACAUUAACAAAGAGCGUGUAGAACGUAUCGAUUAUUAUUAUUAUUAUUAUUAUUAUUAUUAUUAUUAUUAUUAUUAUUAUUAUUGGCAUUAUUAUCGCUGUUGCGUAUCGCGACCAUAAGAAAAAGUGAGGACUGGGAUAGUUUGACUUCGCUCUUUCGUUUCUUCGUCUCUUCUGAAAAUUUCGUUGGCCGGCCAGCUAGUACGCGAGAACUAAGAAAAGCGGAAGUACUUAUAGAUAUCUAAGGAAGAAGGGAGCGGAACGAACGAAAGAGCGGAAGAUCUCUUUCCCUUUUUUAACGCGUAUACGAGUCGCGAGAUUAUUAAUUUAUUGUUACGUUCGAACGGGAGAACGGAGGUGUCACGUUCCUCCCCUUCAAUCUCGCUAAUUUUAGCUGCGAUUUAGCGAUAUAGGCAGAACGGAAGAAGAAGAAGACAGAGAAAAAAAAAUCAUAGGCACUAGAGUACCUCGAAAGAUAACAAGUAGCACUCUUGAAAGUUAGCUUGCACGGACGUUCUCCUUUUCCAUCGUGCCGCCUUGCAAUUUAACGACGAGGAGGAAGCUCGGAGGGGUGAAUCGGCGGGUGAAUAGAAAAGGGCGAGAGAUCGAUCGUCCGAAGGGAGAGCAGAUGAGACACGAAAGUCGGUGAAUCGUGACGUGAUCGUGUAAAAGAGCACGCGAAAUCGGCCCGAUCGAUGGGGAGAACACCAGCUCGCAGAACAGGGUAACUAGCUCUAACAUCUAUCUCUUACAUCACUUAAGAAAGAAAAAAAAAAAACUCUAUCACACUCGUUCACCUUAUGGUAUCACAGGUUCACUCUAAUCACGAAUGUCGGCCAAGGCUAACUCGAAACACUAUCACACCUUCGUACUAAUAAACGAUUUACUAUUCAAUUUCA